UCUGGUAUUUCCCCACGGCAAGUCAGGUCAGUCAGGUCUCGGGAAGAAGUGUUUCCCUUCUUCAUGCUCGCAGAGUAACAAGCAGCACACGUGUUGGAUCACUUGUCCGCGUGGGCAUUAAGUCAGUAGCAUGUUGACGGAGGUGCUGGUUGCUCUGCUGGUUGGAGGGCUGCUCUACUUCCUGGUCCAGAGGAGCAGGACCCAGGUCCUGAGGACAGAGGACGGCUGGUGGGGGGCCGGAGCCCCCCCUGAUGGAGGGGAGGACAUCACCAUUCGUCCCUUUACAGUCAGCACCAGUGCUGAGGAGCUGGAGGACCUGUACAGGAGGAUAGACCAGACUCGGCCUGUCCCCUCUCUGGAGGACAGCCACUUCACCUACGGCUUCAACUCCCAGUGCCUGCACACGGUGCUGUCUUACUGGAGAAAUGGCUUUGACUGGAGGAGACAGGUGGACAGACUCAACCAGUACCCCCACUUCAAAACCAACAUCGAAGGCAUUGAUAUCCACUACCUGCAUGUGAAGCCCAAGGCGGUGCCAGAGGGAUCCACUGCUCUUCCUCUGAUCAUGGUGCACGGCUGGCCGGGCUCCUUCUAUGAGUUCUAUGGGUUGAUCCCUCUGCUAACAGAACCAUCAGACCCCAGCCACCUUGUGUUUGAGGUGGUGUGUCCCUCCAUACCAGGCUACGGUUUUUCAGAAGCACCACAUAAGAAAGGCUUUGAUUCCGUGUGUGCCGCACACAUCUUCCACAAGCUGAUGAAACGUCUGGGCUUCCAGCAGUUCUACGCUCAUGGAGGAGACUGGGGCUGGCUGGUCACUACCAACAUGGCUCAGCUGGAGCCCAGGAGCGUCAGAGGCUUGCAUGUGAACUUUGCCCCACCCAAUCCGGGGCUGCCCAUGACCCUGUCCAUCAUGCUGGGCCGUCAUUUCCCUAAGCUGUUUGGCUUCACCGACUUAGACAUUGAGCGUCUCUUCCCCUGCAUGGAGAAACUGGUGGUGGAGUCCAUCAAAGAGUCUGGCUACAUGCACAUCCAGGCCACCAAGCCUGACACCGUGGGUCGAGGACUAAAUGACUCCCCAGUGGGUCUGGCUGCCUACAUCUUGGAGAAGUUCUCCACGUGGACGAGCCGCGACUUCAGGGACCUGGAGGACGGAGGACUCACCAGGAAGUUCUCCCUGGAUGACCUGCUGACUAACGUGAUGAUCUACUGGACGUCUGGCUGCAUCGUCUCCUCCAUGAGGUUCUACAAGGAGAACUUUGGCAAAGGCCUGAACGUGCCUCACUCUAAGAUCCCUGUGGACGUCCCCACUGGCUUCGCCUGCUUCCCCAACGAGCUGAUGCACACUCCCAAACUGUGGCUCAAACAGAAAUACCGCAACUUAGUGACCUUCACGCCUAUGGCCCGCGGCGGCCAUUUUGCCGCCAUGGAGGAGCCCCAGCUGAUGGCCGAGGACAUCCAGAACUUCACCAAGACAGUGGAGAAGCGCCGGGCUGUGUAGUGAUCCAAUAACAUGACAGCUAAGAUUAGAAACCUGUGCUCACUGACCAAUGACACACCUGCCAUGCUGUCUUAAUACCCAUAAGGCAGUAGGUGAGUCAAGGCUUCAAAACAAGAGCACUUAUUGAAAUAAAAAUAAAAUCUAUUUCUCUAAUCUAUGGCAUGACCCAAAAGUAUAUGGGCUAAAUUAUUCAAUCUGAAGGACACGCUUAAUGAAUGAAGGUGCUGAUGAUAUUGUUAUGCUGCGUUAAUAUGAGACAAUGUGUGAAACUUUAACAGUGAAAGAAGCUAAACGGACAGAGCAAAAGGUGAAUUGAUUGGAUUGUCACAAUGGGCUUUUUAUUAUUAGUUCAGUGCUAUUCAAGUUAUGCAGAAAAGCACUAUAGCAGGUGUUGUAAAGACACUUAACCCCUAGUUGCUCCAGAGGCGUGCGACCUCUGACAUAUAUAGCAUUGUAAGUCGCCUUGGAUAAAAGCGUCAGCUAAAUGACAUGUAAUGUAAUGUAAUGGACGGUGUUGCUGUGGUCUGGAGGAGGAGCUGUGCUGGGGGUCCCUAACACUUCCACAGCUACACGAGACCAGCACUGAAGCCUCCCUCAGAACUCCCCUUUACAACUCCCUCAGCUUUGUAGUAUUAGCAUUACACAGUUUACUCAGCAGCUGCAGAUGGGAGGUCAGGGGCCACCUGGUGGUAUUGUGUUGACAGCCUGAACAAGGUGCCAGACAUUCCUCUCACUGAUAACACUGAGCCUCAGACCUCUGAGUUAGGCUGGAUUUCUUACAACUCAUUCCAUGUCUUUAAUGUAAAACACAGCUGUUUUUGAUUUUGCAUUCACUUUACAUCCUGUCUCUUUGAUCGACUUUGAUUUGCUUAAAAUACUACAAUUCACACUGCUUUCUUUAUUGAUGUACCAACUGUGAAAAUAAAGAAUAAAUCACCA